AUGCCUUCUUCCACUUCACCAGACCAAGGAGAUGAUGACCCGGAGGCCUGUGUUUUAAGGUUUUCAGACUUGGAUUUGAAAGACACAAGUCUUAUCAAUCCCAGUAGCAGUCUCAAAGCAGAGUUAGAUGUCAGUACAAAGAAGAAAUACUCAUUUGCAAAGAAAAAGGCAUUUGCCGUUUUCGUUAAAACUAAAGAAGUUCCAGCACCUCCUUGUGAAUGUAAAGAAAAAUGGUGGAAAUGCUGUCAGCAACUAUUUACAGACCCGACCAGCAUCCACAGACAUGUGGCAACGCAACAUGCUGAUGAGAUUUGCCAUGAGACUGCUGCUGUUUUAAAGCAGCUGGCUGCGACAUCGAGCACCUCCACGAGUCCCGAGUCUGCAGACAAUGGGAACCCUUUCAAAGAUGACCUCACCCAUGACCAAGAAGUGUCUGCUUGGCUCCCGGAUACAAGCUGCUUCAGCCCUGAUGAGCUGAUAAGUGGCCAGGGCAAUGAUGAAGGGGAGGUGCUACUUUAUUACUGCUACUGUGACCUGAAGGAUCCCGACUGGGUCUGUGACUGGCAGACAGCUCUGUGUCAGCACCUGCAUCUCAUGGGCAAGGUUCGAAUUGCUACGGAAGGAAUCAACGGGACUGUUGGUGGGAGCAGACUAGCCACCAGACUCUAUGUCAGCACCAUGCUUUCCUGCCCACUGUUUAAGGAUUACCUCUGUAAGGAUGAUUUUAAGACCAGCAAAGGAGGAGCUUGCUGUUUUCCAGAAUUGCGUGUUGGUGUGUUUGAAGAAAUUGUGCCCAUGGGGAUCAGUCCCAAUAAGGUCUCCUAUAAGAAGCCUGGAAUCCAUUUAUCCCCAGGUGAAUUUCAUAAAGAAGUAGAAAAGUUUCUGUCUCAGGCAAAUCAAGAGGAAAGUGAUACUAUCCUAUUGGACUGCAGAAACUUCUAUGAAAGCAAAAUAGGACGAUUCCAGGGCUGCUUAGCCCCAGACAUCAGGAAAUUCAGUUAUUUCCCUAGCUAUGUUGAUGAAAAUCUAGAACUUUUCAAAGAGAAGAGGGUGCUAAUGUAUUGCACUGGGGGCAUCCGUUGUGAGCGGGGUUCAGCCUACCUGAAAACCAAGGGAGUGUGCAAGGAAGUGUUCCAGCUCAAGGGUGGCAUCCACAAGUACUUGGAGGAGUUUCCUGAUGGUUUUUACAAAGGGAAGUUGUUUGUUUUCGAUGAGCGUUAUGCCUUGUCUUUCAACAAUGACAUAGUGUCAGCAUGUUCCUACUGUGGGGUUCCCUGGGAUGACUACAAGCUCUGCUCCACGCCCCAGUGCCGCCAGCUCGUCCUGACCUGCCCUGCCUGCCAAGAACGAGGACGCACAGCCUGCUGUGUCACGUGUCAAGACAAGGGGAACAGACAGGCUGCAAGCCCAGCCCAGAGCAACUUUAAAGAGGAAUGCGAGUGUACCGCCCGACGGCCACGGGUACCAAGGGAGCGCUCACAGCGGGGGCCUCUCGCAGCAGGAGCCUCUUCCCUCCAGCCCGGGGCCUAG